UCAGCACUGGCCAGGUAUAUAAAGGGACCCGACCCAGAAGAGACAUCACACCUGAGAACACCCAUCCGCUCUCCACUUCUCAGCCCCACUCCAGCCCAGACACCCACCAUGACCGGCUCCUGCUGUGGAUCCUUCUCCUCCCAGAGCUGUGGAGGCUGCUGCCAGCCCUGCUGCUGCAGAGACCCCUGCUGCUGCCGCCCAGUGUCCUGCCAGACCACAGUGUGCCGCCCUGUGACCUGCGUGCCCCACUGCACCAGGCCCAUCUGCGAGCCCUGCCGCCGCCCCAUCUGCUGUGACCCCUGCAGCCUGCAGCAGGGCUGCUGCCGCCCCAUCACCUGCUGCCCCACCUCUUGCACAGCUGUGGUCUGCAGACCCUGCUGCUGGGCCUCCACCUGCUGCCAGCCCAUCUCUGUGCAGGCUCCCUGCUGCAGGCCCCCCUGCUGCCAGCCUGCCCCCUGCCGCACCACCUGCAGGACCUCCCCCUGCAACACCUGCUGCUGAGCCACCUAAUAUACAACUUCGCCUUAUGAACAGAACUCUUCCUACUCCUGCUGGAGCAGAUGAAAGUGCGACCUUUGCAACCCACCUGUUCUUCCUCAACUCACUCAGCUGUAAAGGCCCAUCAAAUUUCCCACAUGUAUGCUGCUGGUCAUCUGCAUAGCUCUAGACAAUUCCUAGCUCUCGUCGGCUGAAUUCUUGGCUUCAAAAACGUGUAAACAAAGAUGAAAUUCUUUCAUGAAGCAUGAUCCCAUUGCGUCACUGUAAUUUUUUAUUUCAGGGUUCAGAUGGGAUAUAUUUUCAGCAUGAUAUUUUCAGGCUGUGGCUUUACAUGAUAAAAACAAUAAAAUUUUAUUUCUGAUGAAG